CGGGCCAUCCCGAAAACAGGGGCUAGGAUGAAUUGAGACGACACCCCAACCACAAACCAACUGCUGUGUAAGGGAAUUUAACGUUAAAACACCAAGAUAUCCAAUUCAGUAGGAACCCUCAAUAUCAUCAAUGGAUGUCACUGCUCGUCGUGAUCCUCCCAGAGGUAUAUAGACUCAAUUUGAGGGAUGGGCCCCUUCGGCCUUGCACUUCUCCUGAUUUCCCUGACCAUUUCGAUUCCAUGCCUUCACGGUGUUUUGUCUGUCGGCUGAGACGAAAGGGAUGUGUCCAGGCCCAAAACCUCCAGUCCUGUGAUGCAUGCCAACGCAUGCACAUUGAGUGUAUGCCUUGUACAAUGAAGAUUCCCAAUGUGAUCAGAGUGUGUUUUCGUCAUCGUGGUGGUAUGACGAACGAAGGGAUAACAUCCCCGUAGACAUCGACCAGAGCUCGGGAGUGUCUGGAGGAGAUCAGGAUCUUAGCUUCCAGCGAUCCUUGGCGCAUUGAGGCCGCACUCCUUCC